UUAAUUUCAUAUGUAGUUGGCUGAGAUAUCGGACAUGACAUAUAAAUAAUAAAUAAAAUAUUAUGAAAAUAUGAAUAAAUAGUGAAUUUUUAGUCAUUAUUCGAGAAAAUUCCCAAAAAAAUUGCCCGAAAUUGCGAGUAUAAUUUAAUAUUAAUUUACUGCAAAAUGAAUCAAAAAUUUAAGUCGCUUCUGCAUGAAAUUAUUCUUCGGAUUCUCCUCCUUGGGGCCAUAAAAUAUUUAUCGUAUCAGCCAACACCAGAUUAUAAUACAAUACAGCCCGAAGAAUGGUAUCGAUAUAAACGAACUGAAAAAGAACCUAUAGUGGAUGAGAAAUAUUUCAUUGCGGGGGGUUGUCUAAUUUCAACAGCGGUACUUAUUAUAUCCUAUUCACUACACAAGGACAAGCGCGAAAUGGUACAUUCUAUACUUGCAAUUUCGAUGGGAAUUUGCUUGACAGCCCUGGUGACGCAUUUGAUGAAAGUUUUUGUUGCAAAACCAAGACCCAGUUUCUUCAUGUGCUGUUAUCCAGAUGGGCAGAUGCAAAGUGAAUGCACUGGUGACCCAAAGUUAGUUGAUGCAGGUCGGAAAAGUUUUCCAAGUGGACACACGUCUUUUGCGUUUUCAAUUAUGGUUUUCCUCUUUCUAUAUCUUUCGGCCAAGUUGAAUCUAUUCAAUGACCAAGGAAAGGGUGAGUCGUGGCGAACAUGUAUUUGUUUAUCUCCCAUCAUCCUGGCCGUAAUGAUUGGAGUUUGCCGGACAACUAAAAAUCAGCAUCAUCCAGAGGAUGUGCUUGCUGGUGGGAUUAUUGGAAGCGUCAUUAGUUACAUUUGCUACCGACAGCACUUCCCAUCCGUGUAUGAUCCAAAUCCUGGCAAGCCGUACGAAUUUGCAGAUGAUCCAUUUGCGUCUUGAGGGCGGCUAGUGUAUUUUUAAUUAAAAGUGAUUUUAUGAAAAGAAUUGAUUAUACGGCAAAUUAAUUAUGAUUUGAAUAAAAUAUGAAAUUUCUUGUGAUA